AGGACUUGACUCCCAAGGAACAGAACAUGGAGAUCAACGUGUCCUUCCUGACUGAGUCUGAGCAAGAAUUCAUACUAGAAGUCCUUCGGCGAGAUGAGGAGCUGAGGCGCUUGGAGGAGCUCCGUGUAAAGAAGCUAAAAACUGAGUUGCUGGAAAUCAGAAGAAAGGGUGCGAAACGUGGCAGUGGGAAAUAUAGCGAGCGCAGCUGUGGCCGCUGUCAAGAGCCUAUGGGCCUUCUGACCCACAACGGUAGCCAGUGCAGAGUAUGCAAACAUCAUGUUUGCAAAAAAUGUCAAUCUGCUCGACCCAACGGAUCUUGGAUGUGCACAGUGUGUGCCAAAGAGAUAAAUCUGAAGAUGAGCACUGGAGACUGGUUCUUGGACGAGAGGGUUAACCGCUACUCUACAGAUCCUGGACACGACUUAGUCCGAGUUUCCCUCAGGAAAAGGCCUCUGAGUAAAAAGCAUGAGACAGCUGGGGAAAUGCUGUUAAACAGAGCUGAGUUGAAUUCCAGCCAAACUGUACCUGUGCCCAAGCCAAGACUGAAGGACAUUGCACUAGCACAUAAGAGCUCACCUCUUGAGGCUUAUGAGGGACUUGAUGUGCGAGAGCAACAACAUAGUGACACAGAAUCAAUAGAAAAAGCCAGUCUGGGCAGCAGCCGUGCUGAGACCGAAUCGUCUCACAGUACCCCCAUAAUGCAAAGAAAAGAGGAACCGACAGACAAGACUAGUUCAGCAGACCCUGCUGUGUCCAUCCUGAUGCUCCCCGCUAACAGUGACAGCCCAUCUACCACUGAGACAGCCUCAUUAAUUCAUCACAUGAAUGCCUGCUCUGACUCCUUGCGUGACGUGGAUGGGCUUUUCAAGAAAAGUGUCAGAAGAGUGCACAAACUAUCAGAUAUUAAACCAGCCUCCACGCUUGAUUUGCGUGAAGAUGGAACAGAAAGUGCUACACCCUCUAUGGGAGACAGAAGCCAGUCUGUUCCUGGCCUUAAUGCUGAUGACGAGGAGGAGGAGGAAGAUAUUGAUAACUUGGCCACUCUUGGUAGUACGAUGAGUGUGUACAGUGAAGCAGGAGACUAUGACUGUGUGGAAGUGAGUGGAGAUAUUUUCUUCUCUCUCGGCUACGACGAGCCCAGCCAGUGCCUGUCUAUUGUGAUCCAUGAGUGUAAAGGCCUGGCUUAUGCUGAUGCAGCAAAAAAGAAGUGCAACCCAUACGUCAAGGCUUACCUCCUCCCAGACAAAAGCAAGAAGAAAACCUCAAUCAAACAUAACAUUAACCCCAGUUUUAAGGAAACACUGAAGUAUUCCAUCAGCCGCACCCAGCUCACGACUCGAACACUGCAACUCUCAGUUUGGCACUAUGACCGUUUUGGCCACAAUGCCUUUCUGGGUGAGGUGGAGGUACCAAUGGAUAGCCAUGAUAUUGACUCUGCACAUCAAAAGUGUAUGGCUCUUAGAGGAAAGGCAGCUGCUCAGCCAGCAUCUCCAUUUGAUCAGUACAAAGGAGAGCUGGUGAUUUCACUGAAGUACGUCACAGCAAAUAAGACACAUGCAGAAGACUCUAAUGGAAAAGGAAAAAAGACCAAACCCACAGAGGGUGCUGAGCUGCACGUGUUGAUCAAAGAGGCCAAAAAUCUGACAGCCAUGAAAGCUGGAGGCACAUGUGAUUCCUUUGUGAAAGGGUAUCUGCUGCCGUCAAAGAACAAGUCUUCCUCAAAGAAGAAGACUCCGGUAGUGAAGAAGACAAAGAACCCAAACUACAACCACACAUUUGUGUACACCGACCUGAGUCUGGAGCAGCUGAAGGAUGUAUGUCUGGAGCUCACCGUCUGGGACAGAGAGACCCUGCAUAGCAAUGACUUCCUGGGAGGAGUUCGUCUCAGCUUGGGAGGAGUGAAUAUCAAGGAGGGAAAGGAAGGGUGGGUGGCAGACUCCACAGGGGAGGAGAUCUUGCUGUGGAGGAAGAUGAUGCAGUACCCUGACUCUUGGGCAGAGGGCACUCUUCCACUGCGCUCGUCCAUGGGAAAGGGCAAGUAAGGACAUUGCGCAAUACCCCCCACUCAAAGCCAUUAUCAGGACAGGGGGUUACACAUUCCACAACAUUUGUGUGUUGCUGUUACAGCUGUGCAAUAUGAGAACAUUAAUGCAUCACAGUAAUAUUUUAAAGACUUUUUAGGUUAAUGCAUAUGACCGUGCAUAAGAUGCUUUUAUAUUUUUAAACAUUUAAGGCAGUUCACAAAUAAUGAUAUGGAAAUGUGCAGUGUGUAUAUGUUAAUUAUAUUUAUUUCCUAUAAAUGUUGCAGCUGAAUGGAUGUUUUGAAAUACAACAUCAUUUGAAUGCUGUUCUUAAAAAUGGAGACCGUAAAUAUUUUAGUUUGAAUAAUACUUUGGUUUUAAACGUGCACUUGAUAAAUGGCCCAAAAAUAUUUACGUGUUUAAACACAAUGUAUUUUAACGUCAUAAUGCUGAUUUACUCCAUUGUGAGCAACUUCUUUUUAGGAGCUACAUGAAAAUACCAGCAUUAAAAUAAAUAUUAAAUAUUUUUAAGAAUCCACAUUGUGUGCUGUGCACUCGAUUUAUAGAUAGUUUCUUCAGAAUAUUUGAAUAUCUUGGGCAUCCUCACAUGGCACUUUUCCAGUUGCAGAUUAAAACCUGUUCCGGUCUAAAUCACAUUUCCAGCUGUGAUUCUCUGUGAAUAAUAUCUGCAAUAUGUAGUUUCAAAUGAUUGUUUGUCAAGGAAACAGGCUCUUGAGGUGCCUGUCGCUAUAAAGAAAACUCCCACCCACAACAUCAGAUCUGG